GCUGAAAACGAAAGAAAGAAAAUGGGGGCACUUGCAGAAUUGAAAACCUAUAAACAAAACUCAGAUUUUAUAGCUAUAUCAUCAAAAAAAAAUUGGUGGUUUCUCUUCACCAUUGAGAAAGGUCAUUCCUUUUCUCGAUACACCUGAAAUUGCUUAUCUGAAAUUCAAAGAUGUUGCUGAAAAGGUCUCAGCAGACUCAGCUUUUGCAAUUUGUUGUUUGCCCUUUUACCCUAACUCAUUCUACUGGUAGUUCUACUAACGUACAAUUUUCACUUGUUCCCAAGGGAUGGGCCCUUUCCUACUCGUUACAAUACAAAAAGUUACAUUCUAUCAGUACAAAAUCCAAGCAAGAACAACUAACUUUCUCAUUUUGACUCAAUUUUGUCAAGAAUUGAGUGGUGAAGAAGAAGAUGAUUAGAGAUUGGAGCUUCUGUGAUUGUUUUGGAAACAAACAAUCUGUUGAUAAUGAUGACGAUGAUGGUAUUCAUCCAGUACUGUUAGUAACUGGAAUGGGAGGUUCAAUUAUAAACUCAAAAGAUAAAAGAACUGGAUGUGAAAUAAGAGUCUGGGUUAGAGUUUUGUUAGCUAAUUGGGAGUUACGAAAGAAAGCUUUGUCUAUUUAUAACCCCAAAACAGGUUAUACAGAGUCAUUGGAUAAGAAUUGUGAAAUUGUAGUACCAGAUAAUGAUUAUGGACUAUAUGCGAUUGACAUUUUGGAUCCCUCACCGAUUGUGAGAUGCUUAAAGGUUGAAGAAAUGUAUCAGUUUCAUAAUAUGAUUAAUAUGCUUGUUGAAUGUGGGUACAAAAAAGGAGCUACAUUGUUUGGAUACGGUUAUGACUUUCGACAGAGUAAUAGAAUUGAUGAAGGGAUGGAAGGUCUAAAAGCAAAACUUGAGAAUGCUUAUAAAGCUUCAGGGGGUAGAAAAGUGAAUCUAAUUUCGCACUCGAUGGGUGGAUUGCUUGUUUCGUGCUUCCUCUCACUCUAUCACGAUUUAUUCGAAAAGUAUGUUAACAAGUGGAUUUGCAUAGCCUGCCCAUUUCAGGGUGCACCUUGUAUCAAUGAGAUUCUUUUAACGGGUUUUCAGUUCCUUGAAGGCUUUGAAAACUACUUUUUCAUAUCCAGGUGGACAAUGCAUCAACUGUUGGUUGAGUGCCCGUCAAUUUAUGAGAUGUUGCCAAAUCCAGAGUUCAAGUGGAAAAAGGAACCUCAAAUUCAAGUUUGGCGAAAGCAAUCACAAAAUAAUGAAGCUUCAGUGAAGUUGGAGACAUAUGGCCCUAAAGAAAGCAUUACUGUGUUUGAAGAGGCUUUGAAAUAUAAUAAGCUCAAUUACAGUGGGAAAUCAAUCCCGUUACCGUUUAACAAAUCUAUUCUUAAAUGGGCAUCUGGGACUCGGGAAAUUCUCAACAAAGCUCAACUACCAGCUAGUGUCAAGUUCUAUAACAUCUUUGGAGCGUCAUUCGAAUCACCUUUUGAUGUUCGGUAUGGAACAAAAGCUUCACCUAUCGAGGAUAUGCCCCAAAUAUGCAACACAAUGCCCCAGUAUUCUUUUGUGAAUGGAGACGGGACUGUCCCAUUGGAAUCAGCUAAGGGUGAUUGGUUUUCAGCUACUGAAAGAGUAGGAGUAAGGGCAACUCAUCGCGGAUUAUUAAGCGAUGAAACUGUUUUUCAACUCAUUCAACAAUGGUUAGGAGUCGAACCGCAAAAAUCAAGUCGGCGUGCCAAGACUUCUAAAGUGGUGGAUGCAUUCUCCAAGUGAUUGAAACCUGGAAAAACAAAAUUCAAUGCUAAUGUGUUUGGUGUUUACUUGUGACUUUCCUGUAUAUAUUCAACAAAAUUAUACAUUCUAAAAUACAAUUUCGAAGAUUAUUGCAAUGUCAAAAAUUAAAUUUAUGUUUGAAAAUAGUUGAUUUGGACUUGCUCA